GAUGACGCUUUUGUCAACCAGAAAGAGAGAGAUUCAAUGGGGUAUUUGACAUUUAGUGGAAGUGUGGUGGAGAAAGGGUAGAGGAUAGAGGACCCACAAGCGAGAAAAGACGGUAGUGUUAGAAUCAACACAACUCUCCCCACAGCAUCCAGAUUCAGCAGUCGUGUUGGCUUUUCGUUUUUACCGUUUAUUUUUCUCCUCUUAUGCGUAGGAUCCAAGUCGUCCUCCACUCCCAUCUACUCUUUGGUCUCACCCUUUUCUUUUUGUCUUUAUUUCCUCGGUUUCUCUUUCUAAGGUGUUUGGAAGGGUCACUGCUUCGCGAGGCCAAAGGCAAUCAAUGUUAUGAAAGAUAACAUCUUUUGGUGUCUCUAAUUCUUCUUUGGUGGCUUUGCAUUCAUGGGUGUUCAGGAUUUUAUCUGAUCGAGAUUCAUCAGAUUCUAUUGUCUCUGCAGAUUCUUAAUUUAUCUGGAGCCGUUGUUUCCGCAUCAUAUUUGAAAAUUGAGGAAUCGAAGCGUUUGUCGGAAAAUUUGAAUCUGUGACCUUAGCUAUGGUUGCUGUUUCAGGCCAGUGAACUCUGAGAGAAUGACGAUUUUGGGAAAAGCUUGCCAAGCUACUGGCAAAUAACAUUUGAUGUUAUGGGUUGGCUGACCAAGAUUCUUAAAGGUUCUAGCUAUAAAGGGCAAUAUCAUGGGAAAUAUCAUGAAGAAAGAAAUUGGGAUGAAGCUCGUAAUUCAGUGGAUGAACUGACAGAUAUCGAGAAAGAAGAAAUUGAUUGUGCUAUUGCACUUUCCCUCGCAGAAGAAGACCAUAAAGGGAAAAAAGUGAUUGAUGAUGAUUCUCAAUCAGAGGAAGAUGAACAUCUUGCUAGAGCUCAACCCGAGGAAGAUGAACAUCUUGCUCAACCCGAGGAAGAUGAACAUCUUGCUAAAGUUCAAUUGGAGGAAGAUGAACAACUUGCAAAAGCUCUUCAGGAAAGUAUGAGUGUGGAGUCCCCUCCUCGAUAUGAUAGCGGAAAUAUAUUUCAACCUUAUCCAUUCUUCUCGUCUGGUGGAUACAGGAUCUGUGCUGGCUGCAACACUGAGAUUGGCCAUGGACGGUUUUUGAGUUGCAUGGGUGCUGUUUGGCAUCCAGAAUGUUUUCGAUGUCGUGCUUGCAAUCAACCUAUUACUGAUUAUGAGUUUUCUAUGUCUGGCAAUCACCCUUAUCACAAAUCGUGCUUUAAGGAGCAGAAUCACCCAAGAUGUGAUGUUUGCAAGAACUUUAUCCCAACAAAUUCAGCAGGUCUUAUCGAGUAUAGGGCACAUCCUUUCUGGCUACAAAAGUACUGCCCCUCACAUGAACGCGAUAGGACUCCUCGUUGUUGUAGCUGUGAAAGAAUGGAGCCAAGGGACACGAGAUAUCUGUUGCUUGAUGAUGGUCGGAAGCUAUGUCUGGAGUGUCUAGACUCAGCCAUUAUGGAUACUCAUGAAUGUCAACCUCUUUACCUUGAAAUACAAGAAUUUUAUGAAGGUUUAAAUAUGAAAGUGGAGCAGCAAGUCCCAAUGCUCUUGGUUGAGAGACAAGCACUAAAUGAGGCAAUGGAGGGAGAAAAGAAUGGUCAUCAUCACUUACCUGAGACCAGAGGACUUUGUUUGUCGGAAGAACAGACCGUUACGACUAUCCUAAGGAGGCCAAGGAUUGGGGCAGGCUACCGGAUCAUAGACAUGAUAACUGAGCCUUAUAGGCUGAGUCGUCGGUGUGAAGUGACAGCAAUUCUUGUUUUAUAUGGCCUCCCAAGGUUAUUGACGGGUUCAAUCCUGGCUCACGAGAUGAUGCAUGCGUGGCUCAGGCUUAAAGGUUACCCCAAUCUGAGUCCAGAGGUUGAAGAAGGUAUCUGCCAGGUCUUAGCUCAUAUGUGGUUGGACUCUGAGAUAUAUUCAGUAUCUGGAAGUGAUGUUGCCUCUUCAUCAUCUUCAUCACCAUCUUCCUCAUCCUCAUCAUCCUCUAAUACAUCGUCAAAAAAGGGUAAAAGAUCCGACUUUGAGAAGAAACUAGGUGAGUUUUUUAAACACCAGAUCGAGUCCGAUACAUCAUCAGCUUAUGGACAUGGAUUCAGGUUAGGUAACCAGGCGGUGCUCAAAUACGGUCUGAAGAGAACUCUUGACCAUAUUCGAAUGACAGGAAGCUUUCCAUAGAUUAUACAGUGAUAUUAUCCUAGUUUUUUUUCCUCCCACGUGAAUCAAUGUAUUGUCUUAACUGUCAUAUGUCAUAUGUAGUUCAAUAGGACCCAAACCCAUAUGAAUUCAGGAGAAAAAUAAACGAGAGAACUCUCCUAUAUAUGUGCAAUUCUUGUAAUCUCCUCCUGGUUCCAUAAUGAUGCUACCUUGUACUCCUAUAUAUAGGAACAUAGUAUUCAACGAAUAUAUACACGUUUCUUCU